UUCCUCUAUGAACCUGCAAAUGUUGUCUCUUUCAUGGAGAAACCAGCUCUUCUGGAGCUGACUAGCCGAUGCUUCUCUCUCCGCGUCUUCAAACAGAUACAGACUCAGCUAAUUUCUCGUCAUCUUCUCCGCGACGAAUCAGUCGUCGACAAAGUCGUCGCCUUUUUCGCCAAAUCCGCAGACUUUGCAUCUUACAGCUGCGUAUUCCUCCCCAGAAUCCUCCCUCCUUCGCUGGGCUCUUUCCCGUACAACACGCUCUUAUCAAGCUACGCAACCUGCGAUAAACCCAGAGUGACGAUCCUCGUUUACCGAACGUUUCUGAGCAAUGGCUUCUCACCGGACACGUACACGUUCCCGCCGCUUUUCAAAGCGUGCGGGAAGUUCUCAGCGAUCGGAGAAGGGAAACAGAUUAAUGGGUCUGUCACGAAGAUGGGUUUCUUGAGCGAUUUGUAUGUGCAGAACUCGCUUCUUCAUUUCUACGGCACGUGCGGAGAUUUAAAAAGUGCGUGUAAAGUGUUCGAUGAAAUGCCUGUGAGAGAUGUUGUUUCAUGGACGGGUGUUAUAUCGGGUUUCUCGAGGGUUGGGUUGUAUAAAGAAGCUUUGAGGAUGUUUUUGAAGAUGGAUGUUGAGCGUGGUUUAGCUACUUAUGUCUGUGCGUUGGUUGCUAGUGGGAGAGUUAGGUGGUUAGGGUUAGGGCAAGGGAUCCAUGGAUUGAUGUUUAAGAAAGCGUUUUUGUUCAGCUUGGAGAUGGGUAAUGCUCUGAUAGAUAUGUAUGUGAAAUGUGAGCAGUUGUGUGAUGCGAGGCGAGUCUUUGGUGAGUUGGGAGUGAAAGAUAAAGUUUCUUGGAACAGUAUGAUUAGUGGGUUGGUUCAGUGUGAAAAGCCUAACGAGGCGAUUGAGUUGUUUUCUCUGAUGCAAACGUCUUCGGAGGUUAAACCAGAUGGGCAUGUUCUUACAAGUGUUCUCUCUGCGUGUGCUAGUUUAGGAGCUGUUGAGUACGGGAGAUGGGUUCAUGAGUAUGUUGUAAGGGCUGGGAUCAAAUGGGAUACGCAUAUCGGAACAGCGGUUGUUGACAUGUAUGCGAAAUGUGGAUGCAUAGAAACAGCUUUGGAGGUUUUCGACGGAAUCAGAAGCAAGAAUGUGUAUACUUGGAACGCUCUGUUAGGUGGUUUAGCUGUCCAUGGACAUGGGCAUGAGUCUCUUAGAUACUUCGAAGAGAUGGUUAAGCUCGGUUUUAAGCCCAAUGAGGUAACUUUUCUUGCGGUUUUAAACGCUUGUUGCCACUCCGGUUUGGUAGAUGAAGGGAGAAGAUAUUUCCAUGAGAUGAAAACAGGAGAAUAUAAUCUGUCUCCUAAGCUAGAGCAUUAUGGAUGCUUGAUUGAUAUGCUUUGUAGAGCUGGGUUGUUAGAUGAAGCGUUGGAGCUUGUUAAAGCGAUGCCGGUUAAACCGGAUGUGCUUAUAUGUGGAGCUAUUCUUAGUGCUUGCAAGAGUAAAGAGACAUUAACGGAGCUUCCUGAAGAGAUAUUAGAUAGUUUUUUGGAGAUGGAGUUUGAAGAUAGUGGCGUUUAUGUGCUACUGUCUAACAUUUUUGCUGCUAACAGAAGAUGGAAUGAUGUUGCUAAGAUUAGGAGAUUGAUGAAGGUUAAAGGUAUCUCAAAGGUUCCAGGAUCAAGUGCUAUAGACGUUAAUUAAUUGGCAUAGGAACAAUGUUCAUGAGUUUCUCGAUUCUUUCUGCCUAAAGCUGAACUUUUCCUCUUCUACUUCACGUUCUUCCUUCUUCUUCAUCUUAUUAUAUGCAUAUACAAUUUAAUAAAUAAAAUAUAAGUUGUCAUGUA